UUCUUUUUCACAUUUUUUACUUCAAAACUUAAAAUAAUUUGAAUAAAAUUUUUAAAAUUAAUUAGAGGCUUUAGAGCCGUACUUACUGUUUGCUCUGAAUAACUUAGUAUAAAAGUUAAAACCGGUCCUGGGACAAAAACUUCGAAAAUUUACAAAAAUUCGCUUGCCUUGCCUUGAGAGUUGAGAACUCCAAGAUUUGAAAUUUUCAUUUUCCGACUUCGAGUGAACUCAGUGAAGAUUUUAUAUUUUUAUGAUUGUCAUUUGUCAGGUUUGGCGAUUGUCGAUCGGCGAUCCAGUUUUUGAGAUAUUAAAACAUACUGUCAGAGUGACGACGACGUUGUGAGGAUAAUUUUCUACUCUAUCUUUGUGAUUUGAGUUGUGAUAACUAUGGCGAAGUGGGGUGAGGGUGAUCCGCGUUGGAUUGUGGAAGAGAGACCGGACGCCACAAACGUUAACAACUGGCACUGGACCGAGAAAAACGCAACGGAAUGGAGCAAACAGCGUAUGAAAGAGUUGUUCGACAAACUGGUAAUUGACGACGAGAAAACCGGUCGCUGCGAAAUAACAUCAGUCUCUGAAAUGACUGGAGAAGCGUACCUCAACAACCGCAAAUCGAAGCUGAUAGUGUUUUACGAAUGGCAGCUAGAACUGGAAUGGAAAGGAAACGUUGCGGGGAAAGAUUCUGCCCACGAAGGGAAAGUUAAAAUUCCGAAUUUCAGUGAGGAGUAUUCGGUAAAGGAAGUCGAUGUGGAAAUAUCUGUGAAGGGUUCUUCGACCGCCGAUGAGCAGCUGAAGUUGAUGAUGAAAACCAAAGGAACACCAUUGAUAAAAAAGAAGCUGGAGCUUUACUUGAAAGAACUGCGAGAAGAAUACAGUAAAGACGUGAUUCUCCCUACGAAAGGAACCGAAAAGCCCAACUCUGCGCCGGUUGUUGCCAGCUCAGUGGUAGCCAAAGCGGGAGGAGAUGAGUGCAAGAAGCCGGUCGGUGUUAAAAUUUCUACAGAAGAUUUGGAAUUAACUGAAGAAUUCCACUGCACUGCGGAUGACAUGUACAAAGCGUUAACUGUGCCUGAAAUGGUUUUCGCAUUUACGCGUUCGUCGGGAGGAAUUUUUGAGCCAGACAAAGGUGGAAAAUUCAGUUUGUUCAAUGGACACGUGACCGGGGAAAAUAUUGAUCUCGUUAAAAAUGAAAAGGUUGUUCAGACGUGGCGAUUCAGAUCGUGGCCGGAUGCUCAUUUUUCGAUAGUUACGAUUAAUAUCAAGCAGAACGACAGUGGCACAACUGUGCAGCUUAGGCAAACCGGUAUUCCGUCGAACGAUUUCGUCCGCACCAAAGAAGGUUGGAAAAAUUAUUACUGGGAUAGUCUCAGGGCUACUUUCGGUUUCGGGGCUUUGUUGACCUGAAAUACUUCUCAAAUGUUUUGAUAUUUCUCUUGACACAGCGUUUGAUCAUGGAAUUUUUAGUCGUUUCCAGUUCGCUGUUGCAUUUGCCUGUUUGAAUUGAAAUGUUAUGUUAUAAAAUCACUUCGCAGUUCACGAUAUCGUAUUUACAACAAAAGUUUUAUAUUGA